AUGGAUCAUCAAGCUUUAAUAUCCUACGUUGACGAUCCUUACUUAGCUGACUAUGACCACCAACAAGAAUUCUUCACCAUUUUGGAUGAAUUAUAUAUAGAAGAAUUACAUUAUGACAUGAUAGAGGACGAAUUUGAUGAUUUCCACUUCUCCUCAGCUGUCUAUCAACAAGAAGAAAUCUUCCCAAUUUCGGACGAAACAUAUGCAGAGGAAUUGCAGCUUGAAGAGGCUCUCAUGUCCUCAGCUAUCAUUUCAACCAGGAAAUGGGAGAAAUUAGAAAUGGAAAAUAAUUGGAUGGAAAAGGAGAAGGAAAAGGUAUCAAAGAGAAGUGAAACUGGUAAAUAUUCUCAAAGCUUCUGUUUGAUUUGCAUGGAUACAAAACCAGCAGGAGAGAUGUUCAGAAACAACACUUGUGUACAUAUAUUUUGUGCAGACUGCAUACGCAAAUAUAUAGCUUCAAAGAUAAAGGAAAAUAUUAGUAUGGUCAAGUGUUCACACUUGAAUUGCAAAGGGGUUUUAGACCCUCAGGUUUGUCGUUCCAUUGUUACGGGAGAAGUGUUUGAUAGAUGGGAAAAUGCGCUGUGCGAGUCUAUGAUUCUCGUGGCACAAAAAUUUUACUGUCCUUUCAAGGAUUGUUCAGCUAUGUUGGUUGAUGAUGGCAGGGAUGUUGUGACUGUAUCUGAGUGCCCGAAUUGCAGGAGGCUGUUCUGCGCAAUGCAAGGUUUCGUGGCAUGCCGGGAUGGAGUGCAGGGAGUUCCAGAGGUUGAAAAAGGGUAA